UCUUACUAUGUCAGACUGAGUUGUUCUCCAGGGCUUGGAGUAAAGGAUCAGGUUGGAAGGGUUUGUGAAUUAUUAGGCAACAUUUAAGGAUUGGUUUCCUGGACACAGAUUAUGCUUAUUAUUGGAUUCAAAUGUUUUAGUCCAGAUCCAGGCUUAAUCUGUAUCUGGGAAACCAGCCCUACAACAUGUUGCUGGGUCUUAUACUACACAGGAAGUAAUCCUACUCCAUAUAUUUCAUAAUGCCAUAAAAAAAAAAUGAACACUACAGUUUAAAUAUAGUUAAGCAAUAAGGCCCGAGGGGGUGUGGUAUAUGGCCAAUAUACCACAGCAACGGGCUGUUCUUAAACAUGACGCAACGCAUAGUGCCUGGAUACAGCCCUUAGCCGUGGUAUAUUGGCAAUAUACCACAAACCCCCAAGGUGCCUUAUUGCUAUUGCUACCAACGUAAUUAGAACAGUACAAAUACAUGUUUGUGAUAGCCAUGGUAAAUCAGACCAUAUACCAUGUGUUUCAGCCAAUCAGCAUUCAGGGCUUGAACCACCCAGUUUAUAAUAUGUAAUAAUGUGCACAAAAUAUAUUCAAAAAUGGAUGAAUUCAGCUAUAUACUGUAACAUUGGACCAUACAAGCUAUGCAAUUGGCAAUAACUUUCCUCUUAAAACAAAUGACACCAAUUUUCUAAAUGCAAUUAUCAAACAUAUCAAGUGUUAUGCAUUGUGCAUUAGCCUAUGCAUUAUGCAUUGAUUGGGUGUUUAAUUUAAGAUUACUAUUUUUAUCUCCUUAGGGGUAAUUCAUGGGAUUCGUUAGUUAUAUAAUCUUACUAGCUAGUUACCUUAAAUCACCCUCAUGUAUAUAAACUGCACACAUGAGCGCUAUAAGACGUCAAGGAAGUCACGUGAGUCGCGAGCACUGCAGCUGUGGGCAAGAAAAGUUUUGAGAGGUUGGCAACUGGCGAGAAUGACGCGUGUCUGUUUUACAGUAGAGCAAACACGCAUACUAGCCUUCCACAGAGCUGUCCAGUGCAAAUCCUGAUAAAUCCAUGUAGUCUAUGACAAGAUCUGAUUUAGAAUACCUUAUAAAGUCUAACAGUGGAGUAUUUUUCAGAGGGAACAUGUAAGUAGCCCUUACAUGGUGGAUCACUUGGUGGUUACUGGAUAGAAAACAUUCUCUCGCGCAAAAGUCCACCUGCGUAAUUUUGAUUAAUGGAUUAAUGCUUUUAGCGCAAAAACCAAUACUCGCUGCUUUUUGGGUGGUUCAAGGGGGGUGACCACCACCACCUCUUGAAUGACCCGCUGUGAAGGAAUGAGUGAUGCCGGACAGAGGAUGUAACAUCUGGAGUCUGGUGAUACUGUCCGUGUUGGAGAUGGGGCUCGGUGCGUCCAGCAUCGCCCUCGGUGUGUUCGGCAUCAUCCGAGUCCGGUCGGUUCACAAGCUGCAGCUGGGGGAUGCCUCUCCUAUAUGGAGCGGAAGUUGUUUUCUCAUCUGUGGACUAUGUGGGAUGGUGUGUGCAAAGAAAAGGUCAGGAUUGAUUAUGAUCCUUUUUUCAGCCUGCUGUAUCUGUGGGUUGAUCAGUGGGAUCCUAAACUUCCAGUUUGUGCGUGUGGUGGCAAAGCGUCCCGAUGCCCUGCCGUCCCUCUACCUGGCCAUCAUGGUGCUGGCCUGCCUGGGCAUCGGAGUGUCCAUCCUGUUUACCUGGCUCACCUGUCGUCUGGCCAGCAGCGAACAGCAGAGGAUGUACCUGGAGAGAGAGCUGUCCCUGCACCACUCCCAUGAGAUGAGUGAAAAGGAGUUGGCUGAGAGAUCUGAGAGAGCAGCCAGCAUUCCCCAGAUCUCCUUCAAUGGAAAGUCCUCCCCUCCGUUGUCAUUAGGCUGAAGCCCAGCUGUGUUACUGCAUUCAAAGCAACAUGGAGACAAUGUUGGUUUCAUACAACACCAACGGUUGCAGGGGACGUGAUCUCUUGCAAUUAACUGAUACACAAAGGAAUCAACUGAAGUUACGUCAACGCUCUGAGAAGGCGCUGGGAGAUUUGACAAUCGGCUUACCAGUGAAGAUGUAGGCUGAAUGAUGCACCUGGAUAGUCCCCAGACAUGGCUUUGGGGGACAUGGAAACAGCAGAUAGAGGGACAAAGCUAUGGCACAUCCAAAGGCUCAAAAAGAACAGCUAAACCACUUGAGAUUGUCAGUGUUGAGACGGUGGAAGACAUAACUGCUUCAGGGUUUGACUGGUCAUAGUGAUCAUGUCAUACAGUGGAAGUUGUUUCCAGUACUAUUAUUUAUUUAAUGAUUAUUUAUGUAUGUUUUAUUUAAAUAUAUGUUUGUUUAUUCAUAAGCAUGCAAAUAUAAUAACAUCCCAUCUGUGAUAGGUUUUUACAAUUUAGAGCAUUAUAAUGAAUUAAAGGUUUAUUGAUGGUGAUGGAUGACGACUACGAUUGAUGGUGAUGGCGACUACGAUGGAUGAUGCCGAUGAUGAGGAUGUUGAUGGUGAUGACUACAGUGGAUGAUGAGGAUGUUGAUGGUGAUGAUGUUGAUGACUUUAUUGUAUCCAUUAGGAAAUUAAUUCUAUAUGAAUUAGUAUAUUUUGCAGGAGAUCACAACCAGUAGGAGGCAGUAGUGAUAGUUAUAUUACCCCACUAGAGGGAGCACUCCGUCUCCUUUUAAUUUUUUUCUGUACCAAACAGCACCCUAUUCCCUAUAUAGUGCACUACUUUUGACCAGAGCCCUAUGGUCAAUAGUAGUAGACUAUAUAGGGAUUUGGGACUCAGACGUUUAAUCUUGUAGUAGAACAUUUGAACAGCAUAAUAAAUAUGGAAAGUUAUGGAUAAAUGA